AUGGGAUGCUUAUUCUCAUAUUUCUUCCGUCCUUCGGCUAGUGCUGAUAUUGUUGAAACACCACGUCAAGUAUUCUCAUGGGAGCGAGAAGAUCGACAAGCAAUAAAAAAAGAAGAUUUUAUUCUUGAUAAACUUAAAGAUCAAACUAUUUAUCGAAUACCAGGUUCAAUUAAUGGACAACAAUUUAUUGUGCAAAACUGUGACAAUUGUACCGUUUAUGUAUUUGAUCAUACUGGUCAAAUACAAAUUGAUGAUUGUACCAAUUGUCGAAUUUUUAUAGGUCCUGUUCAUGGAAGUAUUUUUAUUCGAGAUUCAACCAAUUGUGUAUUAGCAACAGUGUGUCAACAAUUUCGUACUCGAGAUUGUCGAGAUUUAUAUGUUUAUUUAUCUUGUGCUAGUCAACCAAUUAUUGAAUCAUCACAUAAUAUUAAAUUUGGAUGUUUAACAUUUAAUUAUCAAAACUUAGCGGAACAAUACAAUGCAGCAGGUAUUAGUCCAUGGAAUAAUACUUGGGGAAAUAUUCAUGAUUUUACCCAAAUACCCGAUGGAAAAAAUUAUUCAUUAUUGGAUCAAAAUGAAAAUGUAUUCAAACAUUUACCAAUUCCAACAGAUCCAUCGUGUAGUCAUUUGAAUAUAAAUGAUAGUAUGGAUACAAGUGUAACACCAUUUACCUAUGGAGAAUUAUAUCGAAAUCGAUACGAAGAACGUUGUUUAAUAAUAUUAUUUCAUGAUUCAAAUGCUAGUUCUUGUGCACGUGAUUUGAUUACCAUGACUAACAAAUCCGAGCUUGUACUUGUUCAAACAAAAUGUUACUCAGUAAAUGACAUGAGUGCUGAACGAUUAUUUUCUGGAAAUAAAAAUUACAAUUCAUUAGUUACUAAAGGUCCUGUUAUCGGACUUGAAUUUGCUGGUACGAAUUGCAUAGAAACAUGUCAAGAAAUCCUUAAAAAUUUAAUUACAUCAAAGUAUCAAAAUUUACCACAUUUCAUAAGUCAAUCAGCAAAUGAAGCUCAAGAACAGCUUGAUAAAUUUUAUAAUUUUGCAAGCAUGCAAAUGUUUGCAUAG